AUCAAAAUGCCCAACAAAGCCCAACGACAGCAAAUCGCCAACGACACCCUCUCCCUAACCCCCACCAUCCUCACCACCCACCCACCCCACUCAAAGCUCUAUCCCUCCCUCCUCCCUCCUCUCCAACCAUCCACCAGCCAAGCCAAACCACACAUAACAGUCCGAAACCAAGACACCUUCACCGCAGCAGAAACCAUCCUCAAAAACAAUGCCUCCGCCCGCACCGCCGUCCUCAACAUGGCCAGCGAAAAGAACCCCGGCGGCGGCUGGCUGAACGGCGCACUGGCCCAGGAAGAAGCGCUGUGUUUGCGGAGCACACUCGCCGCGACGCUGUAUAAGCGCUACUAUCCGCUGCCGGUGUAUGGGGCUGUUUGGUCGGGGGUGUAUGUGUUUCGGGGUGAGGUGGAUGCCGGGUGUCCGGUUUAUGGGGAGAAUGAGGGGUUCAGCGUGGAUGUUCUUAGUAUGGCUGCGUUGAGGAGGCCGUUGGUUACCGGUGGUGGGAAGUAUGCGAAUGCGAGUGAUGUUGAGAUAGUGAAGAAUAAGAUACGCCAGAUCCUGCGCGUGCUGGCGGAGAAUAAGAUAUCGCAUUGUGUGCUUGGUGCACUGGGCUGUGGUGCGUUUAGGAAUCCUCCAGCUGAAGUCGCCAGGAUAUACAAGGAAGUGCUGGACGAAGACGAGUGGAGGGGAGUGUUUGAGGAGAUUGUCUUUGCCGUGUUGGAUACGAGGGGAGAGUUAAAUUAUAAGAUCUUCCAGGCUGUUUUUGAUUAAUAUAAUACACUAUACAAUUGGUAUAUACAAUUAAAUAUAUCUCACUCCGCCAU